UUGUAUCCGGCCGCCGAACUCUGACGUCGUUAACGUUGUCGGCCGUCGGAAAACGACGGCACUUUACGGCACAUUUCUGAAGUUACUAACGCGUUUAGGCGGCACAUUUUAAAAUUGUUUUUUUUUACCGACAAAACACAACAAUAUUAUUUGAUUUAUUUCACGCUAUCAUAAUAAUAACAACAUAGCCGGUCGAGGAUUAUUCGGUUGUGUUUGAUUUGUUUAUUUUAUUUCCUACCCAAACCAGCUUUUGCCCGCCCAACAACCCUUUUGCGGCAAUAACGAACGUCCAGCAGACAGUCGAUCAGCAAUAAAUGGAGAGCGUGGCGUGCCCUCUGUGCUGUGAAGAUCGAUUCUCCAACCAAGACCUUUUGAAGUAUCACCUGCUGAGUUUGACGACAAACAUCCAAUGCCCGUUUUGCGGUAAACAAUGCGACACCAUCAACUCUUUGGUCGUGCACUUGGACAAGAUGUGUUUGGACAAACCGGACGAAGUAGAUAAAAGUGUACUGGACAACGAGAUGAUCGUCGUGUACCCCGACGACGAGGAACCCGAUAGCGAGUAUGACAACUUGGUGAAAGAAGAAGUUUAUCAAAACGACGAACACCCGCUCGACGUUGAGCACAGAGAAGUCAAAAAGUUUAUCGAAGAAUUUACCGUGGACGAAGCGGCUAAAACGGCAGUUCAUACGUCAGAAAACGAACCCACGGAAGAACCUCACCUUUAUCAUUGCUCCGAGUGCAAUAUAAAUUUCCCGUCGAUUCAGGAUCACAUUGAUAGCUGUCACAAAGGACAAGAAGUAGUCUUCCAGGUAACAGAAAAUGAAGAUGUUGCCAACCUAAAAGACAUGACAAAUUUAAUAGAUAGUCAGUGUCCACAGUCAGGAUCUUGGACGAAAUGGGGCAACGGUUAUUUCUAUUCUUGCCACAAAGAAAUAGUUGAAGGACAUUUACAUGAACAAUCGGCGUACAUAACAGGCUUGGCGGAAGAUACCGUAAAAUCAAGUCCUGAAGACAUGCUUCAAAAAGCAAAAGACAAACAACAAUGCAACGGUGAGAUAAGAAAAGAUCUUCAGCUGUCUGAGAUGUUUGCAAACCAUUGUAUUAUUGAUGCGUACGGUGAUAGAUAUUAUGAUACGCCUAUUUAUUUGCUACACCGAGCAACUAACGAAGUCAAUGAUUAUUUUCAAGUAGAAGCGCGAAAGUUGAGUUUUAAAAAGCGCAUGCGUCUUAUACGGCUCAAGUCAGACACUGACCGUUUUGAAAUUGAACAAAUUUUGUUCCAAAACAAACCAACAAAUGGCAAUAUUAUUCCUACGUUGGAAAAAGCUACCGUAGCCAACGACAGUGUUCAGAUGGAAAACGUAGAAGGUUGUCUCCUGUUGUGCUGGAAGUGCUUAAAAUGUAAUAUUAGGUCUGAACAUUGGUCCAAGUUGAACAAACACAAUUGUAAGGACGACGAGCCAAUAGUGGCCAAAUCGAAGAAAAGUGUCGAGUCUAAAAGUGCGACUGUAAAAAAUAACAAUCGAACGGCCGGGGCUAAUCGUUCACAACACAUUUGCCCGCAUUGCAACGGAGAAUUUGAUUCCGAAGGUUAUUUACGAACUCAUCUUAUGGUGCACGUGAACGAUUCAAACAAGUGUCCGUUUUGCGACCAACCCGUGGCACCGGAAAUGAUGGACACUCAUUUGAUAGCGCAUCAAAAUCCUGAAUUUUCAAAUUUAAAAUUUCUAUGCAAUGUAUGCAAUAAGUGUUACGACUCAGAGUUUCGUUUGCGGUGUCAUCAACGAGCGCACGAGAUGCGCCGUAAACCGCGAGAGAUAUUGGUGUGCGAUGUUUGCAACGCUCAGUUCAACGACAAAAACUCGUUAAAACAUCAUGCGAUCACGCACAUAGAACCUCCAGAACGUUUGCGUCGAUUACACGAAUGUCGUUUUUGUCGGAAAACUUUUGUCAAACCAAUCGAAAAGGUAAAUCACGAAAGAGUGCACACUGGGGAGAAACCAUUUGCGUGUCCCGUGUGCGGACGUUGUUUUAGGCUCAAAGACCUUGUACAAAAACACUUGCGUGUGCACACCAAAGAACGGCCGUACAAGUGUCGUCACGAAGGGUGCGAGAAAACAUUUAGCGCUUCCAGUAGUCGGGUGAACCACGAACAAGGCCAUUCGGGUAUCAAACAGUUCAAAUGUUUUUAUUGCCCGAGAUAUUUCAAAAAUUGGGUUUCGAGGAGCAAUCACGUCCAGGAGCAUAUGGUGCAACAUUCGUGUGACGUUUGUGACAGAUCGUUUGUAUCGUUUUGUAAUUAUAAAAAACACUUGAAAAUGCACGAGGAGGGACGGCUAAAAUUCAAAUGUGUGCUGUGUCGUCAAGCGUUCGGCAGGCAGUUAUUCUUAGACAACCAUCUAGCCAGUGAACAUCAAAUCAAUUCCAACAAAGAUGAAGUCUCGUCGAAUGUAUAAGUUAUUAACUUGCCUUUAGUAAUUGGAUUGCGAAAGAGUUCCACUUCAUCGUCGUCGUCGAAAAGAUACGGUUUUUGUGGCAACAAAGCAAAGCCAUUUCUAUAGGCAAACGAAGACGGCCUUCCAGACUGCCAACGGAGAUAACAAUGAUACCAACUGACGCCAAGAAUCGAACAUAUAAAAACUAAAAACCAAAAUUAUACGGUUCUAUUAAUUGCUUUUAAAAAUAAGUCGUAACGUUAACUCUCCAAUGAAUGAUCGUAUCGAUAGUUAAGUCUGAUUUUAGCAACAAAAUUAUUAUUUAUCAAAUAACUUAAUAUUCAAUUAUUCAAUUUAAUUUAACUAAUUAUAUGAUGUUACAAAUAAAAAAUUGUAGUUUAUUUUAGUCAUUAUUUUGUUUUAUAAAUCAAAAUUGCACAGAU